AUGUCUCAAGUCGAAAUUUUUGUUGGCAAUAUUCACCGUGAUAUAUCAAAGAAUGAACUCGAAGAUAUCUUUGAAAACUAUGGACGCAUAGUAAGAUGUGAACUCAAACAAGGAGCAUCAAAUUUUGCUUCAAGUUAUGGUUUUCUUGAAUUCGAAUCAAACUCAGAUGCUGAAGCAGCUAUUAAAGGAGAAAAUGGACGUGAACACCAAGGAAAAUCAUUUAUUGUUCAAUGGGCACGGUCAUCUCGACGUGGACCAUCGCAUGGCGGUGGUGGUGGCGGCGGUGGCGGUGGUGGUGGUGGCGGCAAUAAUCGUAAUAAUUUAACAUGUUAUAAUUGUUCACGUCCUGGCCAUAUAUCUCGUAAUUGUCGCGAAAGUCGAAGUGAUGGUGACGAUCGUUAUCACAAUCGUCGAAAUACAAAUUACGAUCGUCGUGGUGGCGGCGGUCGUGAUGGUGGUCGUGAUGGUGGUCGUGAUGGUGGCCGUGACGGUGGUCGGGAUGGCGGUCGUGACGGUGGUCGUGAUAAUUAUCGUCGACGUUCACCAUCGCGAUCACGAUCAAAAUCACGUAGUCGAUCAUAA